GUAUCCAAGAGAUGGAAGCCGAGAACGGAAGCGUCCAACGAGAAGAUCUGAGCCGUAUCCGACGACGGCGACUUCUCCAACUGUUUUUAAUCGGAGCGUUGCGCUCUAAUUAAUGUGAAUUGCAAAGCCAAACUUGGUUGUGAAAAUGCGAUUACAUGGUGCGCAAUGAAACUGGCCGGCUGGGUUGUAGAUAUAGGUAUACGAGGGCUUUGUCCUACGGAGAUGGCGCUUAGCAUCCAGGUCUUCCAAGCGCCGCUGCUCAUAUUGCUCUACUCUUUUAUGAACAGUUACGAUACGCGUCAUUCCGUUCUACGCAUCGCAAGUUUCUCCCAGGAAUCACUCGGUACACCGCAAGUGGUUAGAUGACGCUUGAGGACGUCUUUAUGCCGCAAGUACUGACCCCCCUGUCUCCUUUUUCCGUAGAGAGUUCUGAGUAGAAUACAGCUUUGGGUAAUUUGUUAUUACUACUAUGUUUAUACGUGCCUAUUUAAUAGCUACUAGUAAGGUCAAGCAAUUUAAUUUCAGUAAGUACCAAUUCGAACCUUGCCACAGUGACAAUAGCAUUGAGAUCCCUAGCGACUUUUAUAUUUAAUAUCACUGUGACAAGGUAUAUACGAAAUGGUACUAAAAUUAAAUUUACUGUAUAUCUGAGUCUCACGGAAGUUUCGUAGUUAAUUAUCAAUACAAUUAUUGGAAUAAUUAUGGCAAAUACUUUCGCAGGAAAUUUUUAGAAACGCCAACCCCCGCGCGUACCGAGCGACAGCCAAUCGCAUCGCUCCCAUCCGUUUCGCGCCGUUGCUUAUUUAAUUAAUACCGUUUAAUUUAAACAAUCAUUGUUUGCACAGAUGCCUUAUUAUUUUCGAAGUAAGCUAAUAUAAAUGGUAUCAGACGGGCGUUGUUAUUUAGUGGGUAUCAGAGGUAGAAAUCUGACCACUAUAACGACGCGAAACGAUUAUGAAGCUUGUUUUGGGGCUCGCGCUUCUAGCGCUGUUUGAUGUCUACCUAACGGCAGCGUCACCAGAGCCUAAUCGGAUUCCACACGGACUUCAUGUCGUUCGGGAGUUCAAUGGCGGCCGCCGCAAGGAGGAACACCGCCACGUCGAACGCAAAGAGGUUGAGGAGGAACAAGACUUCCAAGAGACAGAAGUAAAAGAAGUGAAACACAAACGGAAAACAUUCAAGGAACAGGAGUUCUCCGAGUUAGAGUCCGAGAGGUCCAGCAGUUCCAAGAAAUCCUUUUCGGAGAUAGACCGUUCCAGCUCAGAGUCUGAGAGUUUAAAGAAGAAGUCCAGCUUCUCGGAGAAUGACAGGUCCAGCUCAGAGUCUGAGAGUUUAAAAAAGAAGUCUAACUUCUGGGAGAAUGACAGCUCUCGCUCAGAGUCUGAGAGUCUAAAGAAGAAAUCCAGCUUCUUGAAGAAUGACAGCUCCAGCUCUAGCUUUAAGAGAGACCAGAGGAAGCAGAGCUCCUCUGAGAGGAAAGAGAUUAGUGAGAGGGAGAGCGAGAAUCGAUUUGGAGAGCGCAGGAGAGGUCCAGGAUCCAACUCAUCUGGUCCAAGACGCCCAGUAGCCCCACUGCCGCCAGUCAGCAUCAACCCAGUCCCAGACCUGAACCUUCCGCCCGUUGACGUGUCUAUCCCAGGAGUCGUAGACGCUAACCUAUUCGGCAAGCCUCAGCGACCGGUUCCACCACAGCGACCCCAACAACCGAGCGGACCGCAAUGGCCUCUUGGACCGCAACAGCCGGUCAAACCUAAGUGGCCAGCAGGACCAGAACCGCCAGUUAAACCCCAAUGGCCGGUUGGACCAGAACCGCCAGUUAAACCACAAUGGCCAGUGGGACCAGAAGCGCCAGUUAAACCCCAACGGCCGGAGGGCCCACAUUGGCCGGGACCUCACAAGCCUAUUGGACCGCUACGGCCUCAUGUACCGCAUCACCCAGAGCCACCACAACCCCCCGCUCUCCCAAGAAUCCCACACAGGCCUCUGCCGAUCGUUGAGGGAAUCAAGGAUGCCGCCGAGGAUAUUAUCAGCAGGCUCUUCGGAUUCAAAGACGUUCCACAAGGCAUAGAGAUUCUCUACGAGCUGACCGGACAGAGAGAUAUUGAAAGGGCUCUGAAAUAUUGCGAGAGGGUCACCAAGAUAACAGAUCGCGUAAAGUUGAUCGAGUUCAUCAGUGGAUGCCGCGGCUCCAGAGAAUGGAAAUACGUCAUCUCCUUCAUGAAGCAGCUGGAAGGGUCUGCCUUGAUCGAGAUAUACGUAGAAAUCCUGCAGGUGCUGACAAACGAAACGGAUGUAUUUAAGGCAUAUGCAAUUUUGGAGCGUCUGACUGGCCAUGCGGACUUCGAUGCCAUCUACGAGGUUCUCGAAAAGAUCUCCAGCGGCAAAAAUUCCCAUGAAAUUGCUGAUUUCUUCAGGCACGUUGCUCAUACCAACGGUUUGGACGGUAUACGCAUUCAGGUGGACAAACUGACUGGAGGAGUAGGUUCGCCGGAGUUCCCUGAUGUGUUAAGCGUGUUGAUGCCAGAAAUCGGUAAGUAUCUGAUAUGAUACACUUUAUAUUUAUUUUAUUUUUAUAAACUAAUAGUAUACUACAGGUUAUCACACAUUACAUUAUUUCAACAAUUAAGAUGCACAAAAUGACUUUUUUAUUGUUAUUUUUUAUUUAUGUAAUUUUAAUUUUAAAUGUAGGUAGGUAUACGGUACCAAAUAAGUGCUUUCGUGCAAUACUUUUAACUUGUUGAGUUGUGUGUAAAGUUGAAUGCCUAAAUAAAAAAAAAUCAAAAUAGAGUAAAUAAAUAGAGUCUACUACCUUAUCAAGAAGGCUGUAGCCAUGAGGAAGCAUUUGGAGCAUAAUAGGAAAGACAGGACAGCAAGUUCCGCCUAAUUCUCGUAGAAUCCAGGAUUCACAGGCUGGCGCGCUACUACAAGACCAAGAGUGUGCUGCCCCCAAC